UCUCCGCAUCUCUCUGUCUCACUUUUCGGCGUGUACCUGCUUAUAGUUGCGGCCUCGUGAUAGCGACCGGCGAAACUUUGUCAAAAAAGUGCCAGUGCAAUCCCUAUUGCUAAAAGAUAGGACAAAGAAAAAAUGGCGGACCCAAGUGUCGAGAGUGCGCCGACGAACGAUGAGCCGGUCUCCAAGAAGCCGAAAUGCGACAACGGUGACGACGUUGAGAAUGCCGCCGCCGUAGCCGAAACAAGCGUCCACGAUGCAGUCCUAAAUUUGUCGAGUUUCCAAAUGACCCGGGUACUCAACGUCAACAGCAACAGGAAGCAAAUAUUCGUCGAGGGUAGGUUUAAGGGACAUGAGGCACCGGCGGUUGUCAUUCUCGAGAAGAAAGUCUUUCCUGAAGAUGAGAUCUUUCUCAAGCGAGGCUUCUUCAACGAAGGCACCAUCAUCAGGAAGCUAUACAAUAACGACAUCUACGGCAAUUACGAAUGCUUUCCUACUCGUGAGCAUAACGGGUUAAACACUAUAAUCAUACAUCCUGCAAGUCAGAAACAUUUGGAUAAGUUUUCAAGAAAAGAGCUCUAUAUUGUUGAAGAGACUUAUGAGAUUUAUGAAAAAAUCACUCGGCCGCACAUAGAAUCUACUGCAUUUUCUCUUCAGUGGGUGGACAACAUCUUAGACUACAAAGCAGAAUUUGAUAAGAUUAUUUAUGAGGAUAAAGAUAAGGAAAAUGGUUUUCUCAUGCUACCAGAUUUGAAAUGGGAUGGUUCGAUACAGUCGUUAAACAUAUUAGUUUUAGCAAAAAAAAGAAUAAAGUCACUCAGGGAACUUAAUGAAACUCACUUGCCACUACUAAAAAAUAUCAGAGAUACAGGAAGAGAUGUCAUUAAGAAACAGUACAAUUUACCAUCAUCGCAAAUUAGAACGUAUAUCCACUAUCAACCCUCUUAUUACCAUUUACAUGUUCACUUCACUUAUCUAAUGUUUGAAACACCAGGUAUAUAUUGUGAAAAAGCUCACCUGCUUUCUACAGUCAUUAGUAAUAUAGAAACCUGUUCAGAUUAUUAUCAAAAGGCUGUUUUAUCAUUUGUUGUGAAAGACGAUGAUCCACUAUGCAAAAAAUAUCAAGAAAAUGGCGUUUUGACUGUGAUUGAUAAACCAGCAGAAAAUUAAGACAAUUAUAUAUUAGAAAAUUAUUUUUAUCUUUUAAACUAGCAUUUUUUAUUAAUGAAGGAGUUUUCUGAAUUAUUAUAAUACCAAAUAAAAUG